CGAUGGUGGAAUAAGAAUAUGUGUACUGCUUGUCAUGGCACAACCUUCAACGCGUCAUCACACAACAUCUCACACACCACCACUGCUCUCCCACACUGACAGCUCUGUUGUACAAUUUUUUUUUACUUUGGCUCUGCUUAUUAAGCAAGGGAUGAAGAAGAGUAGUCAGAGAAUUAAUAAUAAAAUGAGGACAACUGGACUGCUUAUAAAAAGCAUACAGACGAAUAAGCCGGAUUAAUUAAAUAAUGAAUAGAAAAAUUAAUUUCGAACUUUGAAACAACGACCGUGAUUUAAUUAAUUAAGAUUUCUUGGCCUUGGUUGUAUUAAAGACGAUAGUGGAUCAGUCUCACUGUCGGGAAGAUACUUUCAGUAGCUUAUCAGCAUUCCCCAGUGAUGCUGGACAUGUGCAGAUCUUAUAACCUUAAUCAGUGAAGGCGCCAAGUUUCCAAAAUGAUUUAAAAAAAAAUUACUUAUGUGUGUCUGUUUUGGAUAAAUAUUGUAUGAAGGAAGAUAGUAAUCAUGAGUCAUCGCAAACCAAGGAGAGAUUCAGAUAUAAUACUUUCUAAUUACAAUCAGAAAGAGCUACUCUUCAAAUUCCUUAUCAUUGGUGAUUAUGGGGUCGGAAAAACUGCCAUUGUCAGAAGAUAUACCGAAGGUAAAUUUUCUUCGAAUUACAAGAUCACAAUAGGUGCUGAUUUUGCUAUAAAAACUCUUGAUUGGGAUCCUAACACUAAAAUAAAUUUACAAUUAUGGGAUAUUGCUGGUCAUGAAAGAUUUGGAUAUAUGACAAGAGUUUACUAUAAAUAUGCAUUAGCUGCUGCCUUAGUGUUCGAUGUAUCACGAGCAGCUACAUUCCAAUCAGUCAAAAAAUGGCUUAAUGAUUUACGAGAGAAGGUCGUUUUACCGGACGGCUCAAGUAUUCCAAUCGUCUUAUUAGCAAACAAGUGUGACAUUAAACAUAUGGCAAUUCCUACAGAGCAAAUUAUCAAAUUCUGUAAAGAAAAUAAAAUAUCUAAAUGGUAUCUAACAUCUGCGAAAGAAAACAAAAAUAUUGACGAAGCCAUGUACUACUUAGUAGAAAAUGUAUUAAAAGCAAAGAUAGAAGAUGAAAUAAAAGACUCGAUAAAACUUCGUGGCGCUUCACUCAUCAGUGAGAAAGCUGGAUGCUGUAAGACUUAAAUAGGUAUCAUAAAUAAAAUUUUACAACUUAUAAAAAAAUACAUUAUUAAACAGAUCAAAACAAAAAUGAAAAAUGAGAGCAAGCGAGUCAACGUACUUUAUGACAAUUUUUAUAACUAAUAAUCAUGAAAAACUUGAUCUUGUAAAAAAUCUACUUAUUCUAAUAAGAUUAAAUUUAUUUUAUAUA